AUGUCACAACCUCGAACACCGAGGGGCAAAAGUACAGCCACUCAGUAUCUCCAAAAUGCCAACCUCCGCCACGCCAAACCAAUCAACGAAACGCCCUUACUAGCGGCAGUCCGAGGCGCCCUUCGAGGGUCCAAUGUAGACGAUCCCAACCAAAUUCACAGUCAAUGGCUCGCGGACGACGAAAACCCAAACGGCAGGGAGCUAUCGUGGAACGCAAAGGAGGUUUUGCUCAGUGUCGGCGGGGUGAUGGUGAAGAAAUGGAGUUUCUACGAGGACAAGGAGGAUAUCCAAACGGCGUGUUUGGGGCUCCUGGAGCAGAAUGCGGUGGAAUGGAAGAAGUGGUUCACAUCCAACGCCAACUUUUCCUCUGUGGUGGACGACGAGGGGCCGUCGACGAGCAGCGAACCUGGAGAACGACCCAUAUUCGGCCCUUUCGGUGCUCGAGAGCAACGACCUCGCAAGUUUCCCGACGAGCAUGAACGGAUCCCGGCCAUCUUUGUGUUCUUUCGCAGUGUCGCCAGGAUAUAUCUCCAGAACGGGAUGAGCUAUGUGAUUAGCUUGCCCUUUGUCGUCCGCAAGGCCUGGCCUAUCUCGCCGCACGGCGUCAUGGUUCAACGCGUCCUCGAAGCCUCAGAGAUUGCAGAGGCAUCGCUGACAGGCGAAGAUGUCCUCCCCACCAUCUUCACUAUCACGUCCCCACUCGAAGAAGCUGCUGCGGUUGGGUUGGCAGCGGGCAUAUCUGGAGGAUUCGAUCCUAAACCAGUCAAGCUCGACCAUGAAGACGACAAGAAGGUUUUGAAGUCAGUCCCACCAACCGAGAUGAUCAUUUGGGUGUCCAUGGGCAAUAGCACAGCUCGCCACCAUCGAAAGAACGUCGUCGUCACGGUCAACUGCUCCACCGCCACUCUCACUAUUUGGCGGUAUGCGCAUGCGAAACCAAACCAGGAAGACCAAGCUCCCGCCGCAUCCACCUGUGCAUCCAGCGCUAACCUCCCCGCCAACGUAGCUAAGAAACGGCAGUCCAUGGGGAAUCACAAUCGCAGAACUUCAGCAGCAUUCGAAGGGGAUCGACUCGACAGCAAACACCACGCGGCUUCCAAAGAGCCUGUCGACCUCGCUUCAUUAGGCGCUGCUGCAAGUAUGAACGCGGCCCCGUCCCUGUCGUCGGUUAUGUCCUCGCACUCGGGGAAGAUGGUGAUGGACACCGGCGAUCCCACUCCAAUGGCCGACGAACGGAUGCAGGCCAACUAUUGGAUGCAAGCUGUCCACUCCGAGCCAAUCUCACUGUUGGCACACCAGCAUUGGCGGGAGAUCCAGGUGGCCAUUUGGGACGAGCGAUGGGAUGGGACGUGCUAUAAAUCCCAUCUUGGAGUCGUGUUCAGGGACCAAGCCAAACUCAAGGUCUAUUUGCUUCGAUACGACGAGGAAACACAGCUUCAUGUUUCGCCACUCUCGGAGCAUCCGGCCAUGGCUGCCGUGGCCGUCCUCGCCACUAGGCCAUACAUCUACGAUGUCAUUACGCUACGUCCUGACGGCGCGCUGUGCAUCAUCGGACAGGGCAAUUCGCCUUUUGGGUUCAGAUUGGUGGACCCCAAAAACCCUGGCUGCAGGGAGUACGUAGCAGCGGGCGUCCCACAAACUCACCAUGGCAUCAUCAUUGGCAUAGACGACGGUCGUGGCAGCUCCGUGCGGCUCACCUACCAGGAUGGAUGGAGAGAGAGAAUCAACUUGGAUUUCUACCCGAAGGAUCAGCUCGUCACGGAGUGCAUGCAGUUGCUGUCGUUCGUCCUGCCCCCACAAGAUUGCUUCCACCUCCACACGGCACUGAUCAACGAGUGGUCUCGAAAUAAUCGGAUGCUCGACUCCGACGUUCAGUUUCAAUGUUUCAAGAAUGCGGUGUAUCUGAUAUUGGGUCUUGAAGACGAACCUCCGGCGCAGCCUGCUUCGCCUUGGGAAAAGUUGGGACGUACACAGGAAGCUGAGCGAUAUCGCGAGGACCCUGCUCUUCGGCGCCUCAGACUUCCUCCUAAGCCCCCAAGGCCGACUCCCAAACCAUUGGCCAAGCCACCACAUCCUAUGCAUAGCGCCAUCAUGUUCACCCUCCACAUCCUUGGUGAAGAUCUCCGCAUCCUCAAGGACCGCCAGGACUCUGUCAUCAAGCUCGCGCCACUGAUUGCUCGUCUGGCGCUUCCCGUGCGACCUGAAUGGACAGAUUACUGGAAACGACUUAUCCCCGAGUGCUUCACUGGUUGGCCCCAUUCCGGGCAAUACGAUUUGGCCCACAUCGACGACCGGCUCCCCAUAUGGCCCCAAGACAUUGUUGCCAUGAUUCACGGUAUGCUCAGUGGAGCCACCGAGUCCAAAACACCUUGGAUAUCACCCUGGCAAAUCGCUCGAAUCUACCACACCAAACCGACAUACGCACAUGACACUCUUGACCCUCUAGCCGACUUGCACGAACUUCUCACCUUGUAUGGAUUCUUGUCCGAUAUGAAGACAACUGGAGCGCAGAAGCGAGCCGAGGCUGCGAUUCACCGACUUGUGACAGGCAUCGGGGUGGAUAAGAUUGAUAUGCUACCGUUAGGAAUUGCAGCACCGUUACGAGAGGCUCUGAGGACAUGCCAGAUGGCACCGCCCGCCCAUUGGCCUCUACCAUCGUACAGUCAGAUCGGAAGGAAUGACCUUGCUGCGUCUGCGAGUGAAGAUCCGGAAGAGACAUUCAACGAAGGAUACAAACCGGCCAAGGAGUUUAUGAAUCCCAACAAACCGAGGUUCACCAUCGACCAGAUCGUCAAGGAAGUGAAGACAGCCGCCAACCCAGAAAUUGAAACCGUCACAGGAGUAGAGCUUGGUCAACAAGAUUUCACUCAGAUCAGGUUCGGGCAGGAUCGUCGUCUUGACGAGGUGGCGCGCCUCCUGAAUUCGGCCACUAUCCCUACCAUCAAGGUUCAAGACCGCCCGGACUUGAGCGAGCACGAUCAGACGAAAGAGCACCAAUCACAUGUGCUGAGGGUUUCUGAGAGAACCCUUGCUCUACCUUUUGGUCGUGCGAUGUUUACAUUCGGCUCCGUCCCCAAGGUCACUCGAGAAGCCCACACAAUUCCCAAGAUCGAGUACAGCAUCAAGCUCCUACCUCUGAACAUCACUGUCCAACCAGAGGUGGGCAGGAUCGCACCCGAAGCCGUUCAGUGGGGCGAAUUCCACAAUGGCGUUGCUGCUGGGCUUCGAAUUGGACCCGUAGCGAAGGGGGUGGAAAGUUCUUGGAUCACGUUCAAUAAGCCUUCAGAGCUUACUCCGGAGCAUGCUGGGUUCCUCUUUGCCCUCGGCCUCACUGGCCAUCUCAAGGAACUAAUGACCUGGCACACCUUCCAAUACCUUACGCCGAAGCACGACCAGACAUCCAUCGCUGUCCUGCUCGGUCUUUCAGCGUCCAACAUAGGAAAGGGGACUCAGAAAGUUGUCAAGCUACUCGCCGUCCACACUCCUGCCCUCUUGCCAACGCCCGAAGUCGACCUCAAUGUUCAUCUCCUCACGCAGGCAGCAGGACUCUCAGGCCUGGGUAUCCUUUACUUGGGCACGCGGAACAGACGUAUGGCGGAGGUCUGUCUGUCUGAGAUCAGUCGCAAGGAUCUCGUACAGCCCGACCUGAGCAAUGAGCAUCGCGAAGCAUACACGUUCUCUGCCGCUAUUGCUUUCGGAAUGAUCAUGCUCGGGAAAGGGUCCAGUAUUCCUGCCGACCUCGACCUGUUACAACGGCUCAACACGCUCAUCCAUGGUGAGAUGAGCUCUAGGAUACGAGAGAAGAUGCCCAACCCAUUCGACAUCAAUCUCACGUCCCCUGCGGCUUCCAUCGCCAUGGGCAUGUUCUACCUCAAGACGGAGCGGCAGGAUGUUGCGGAUAUGCUUGUUAUUCCCGAUACUUCCAUCUCCCUCAACCGUAUUCAACCCAGCUUCCUGAUGAUUCGGACGAUUGCGAGGGGACUAAUUAUGUGGGAGAAGGUCCAACCUACGCUUGAGUGGAUGAUGGCGCAGAUACCGGACAACAUUCGCAAUGCUGUUGAUCCUUUCAAGGGCAAGACGGGCGAAGAUGCCUUUGAGCUGGCCUAUUACAAUAUCCUGGCAGGAUGUUGUUUCGUCAUCGGGUUGAAAUACGCGGGGACGGCGAGACAGGAGGCCUACGCUGUGAUUGUGAAGCAUUAUGACCUCUUUUCAAGGGCUGCAUUGAUGAACAGUGGACCUGCGUAUGACCAGAAGAUCAAGCGGGCAGCUGUUCGGGAUGGCUUGAAUCAGAUAUCUCUUGCGUUGUGCAUGGUCAUGGCUGGCACGGGCGAGAUCAGCUGCCUUCGUCGCAUUCGUUACGCCUACGGUGUCUUCCAGGUCAACAUGUAUCACCCAUCCUUCCGCUUCGGAGUGCAUCUGGCCACCAUGCAAUCUCUCGGCCUCCUUUUCCUUGGGGCCGGCCGAUACACUCUCGGAACUUCGGAUGCAGCCCUGGCAUGCAUGAUCGCAGCGUUCUUCCCUCGACCUCAUGUCAAUUCAGCAGACAACAAAUGCUAUCUUCAAGCCCUGCGUCACCUGUGGGUUCUCGCUGUGGAGCCGAGAUGUUUGAUUGCGAGGGACGUAGACACCGGAGAGGUGGUGUACCUGCCAGUGAAGAUCACCGUCAAGGAAGGAGACGAGACAGGGACAUCACAGCUGAUCUCGCCAACUCUCAUCCCAGACAUAAACAAGCUCCAGUCUAUCCGCGUCGAUACACCCCGUUAUUGGCCGUUCUAUCUCGACACAGCUGGUCUACCCCGACAUCGCGACGCACUUCUUCGAAAUCAAACAUUGUACGUCAAGCGGCGGACAGCGUUCUUGAGCUACACCGAAGACCCUCGAGGAAGUCGCAGUCUCUUUGUCAGAAGUGGCUCUUCGGCUGGCGAUGCUGCUAUCCUCGACUUCCCUCAAGUUACGAACGCGUCGACUCACCCGGCUAGCGACCUCUCCGAAUUCAUCACCUCUUUCUCGAACAAUGUCAUCUUCCUCGCUUGGGCCGACCACAUGUGCCGACCAUCGACCUCUUGGCCAUCCGAUGAACCACUGUCGAUCCAGGAACGUAUUUUCCACUCCUACACUCACGCCGCCCUCCUCGACUGCAUCAUGCAAGAUAAACCUUCGACACUGCAGACACAUCUCUCCCUCCUGAAAUAUCGUUCGACGUCUCCAUCGUCCAAAUAUUUCCACCUCGUCCUCCAGGACCUCAAUUUUGUAUCCAGGUUCUACUCUGUCAUCUACGAAAGGAAGUUUAGCGGUGGCCUGGAACAGAAUGUCAGCCGACCAGGGCUGGUACGAGACACGGCAGUGAUGGGUGCCAUGCAUGAUUUGAAAGGGAUAUUGGAGAGUUUCCGGAACAAGCCUGAAUUCAAGGCUGUAUUGGCGAGGUAUGCGCGGGGAGAAGAGGUUGGGUCGAAUGUGGGGUCGGUGGAAAUCAAGGCGAACGGGUCCUUCAACAACGACGGAGAGCAAACCACAGAGCAGCUGGAUCUGGAGAGGGCACUAUCUUGGUAUCUGGUUGUCAACGGCGUUCCAGCCUCCACUGUUCUCGAGUUCCUACGCGAGCUUGCCACCAACGUUAUGGAGAGGAGUAGGAAUGGAGGGUACCUGGUGGAGGGUGCUACUCCUCCUGAUCCCGGGGAGCGAGAGCGACAUCACCGAGAGCUGGAGACUGGACUGAAGGAGGUUGUGCAUAUUACAGGAUCGAAGAUGACCAAUAGUCCCGCUGCGGGAUGGGCAUUGAGGAGUGUCGAUGAAGUCAUUGAGGGUUGGAAUCUCGGUGCUCUGUAA